CAGUCAAUCAAAGAGCACACACGCACCCGUCGAUCUCCAAGAAGCGGAAGCGGGAGCGAGCAGAGCAAAGGUGCGAUGGCGGCGCCGGCGGUGAAGGUGCACGGGUGGGCGAUGUCGCCGUUCGUGGCGCGCGCGCUGCUGUGCCUGGAGGAGGCCGGCGUGGAGUACGAGUUCGUCCCCAUGAGCCGCGAGGCCGGCGACCACCGCCAGCCGGACUUCCUCGCCAGGAACCCCUUCGGCCAGGUCCCCGUUCUCGAGGACGGCGACCUCACCAUCUUCGAAUCGCGCGCCGUCGCGAGGCACGUGCUGCGCAAGCACAAGCCGGAGCUGCUGGGCUCCGGCUCGCCGGAGUCGGCGGCGAAGGUGGACGUGUGGCUGGAGGUGGAGGCGCACCAGCACCAGACCCCGGCGGGCACCAUCGUGAUGCAGUGCAUCCUCACCCCGUUCCUCGGCUGCGAGCGCGACCAGACCGCCAUCGACGAGAACGCGGCAAAGCUGACGAAGCUGUUCGACGUGUACGAGGCGCGGUCAAGUGAUAUAACAUGUAAGAAAAAACUCGAAGUCGGCUGAUGAUAAGCAUCCAGAGGAAGUUAUUGUGCACCCAGUUACACCACCCCCAACGGUCA